AUGGAGUACGCUGCCGCUAUGUGGAACUUCUUACUGAUGCAGCAACUAUAUACAGCCGGUGCAGUCCCGUUGAGUAACAAAAUGGUCAUGACUGCAGCUCUAAGCGGCGAUCUCACUCUGUUAAAGUGGAUCGAAGCCACCACGCCCGAAUUAUUUCACCGCGCGGAGUCCCGGGCGAAGCAGGUGGCGUUCGACGCUGCUCCAGAUCGUGGAUGUCUAAAAUCUGUGAAGUGGCUCGUCGAGACUUUUCCUGGUGCAGUGUGGCCUCUGGGUCUCGCUGCACACGGUGGAAACCUCGAGAUGGUCCAGUGGCUGCACGAACAUGCCAAUUUCGACGGAGCUCAGCUACCAGGAGAUUUCGAUGAUGUCGGCGACGUAUUGGAAUUAUUCUCGAACGUGUUUUUAGUCGAGGAUUUUGCUGGGGGGAAAACAGACUUAAGCCGGCAGGUUUGAGGUUUGUCUGUGGCCGGCGUCCGAGAGUCACUGACUCGAUGGAUUGGGCUGCACUUGGUGGUCAUUUGGAUGUAUUGCAAUGGCUGGACGCCAAUCGGAAUGACGGGUGCUCACCAGAGGCUGUGAAUGGUGCCGCUGAAGCAGGUCACUUCCAGAUUUUACUUUGGCUGAAUUCGCACUAUAGUGCUCAGUGGACGUCCCAGGCGAUGGA